AUGGCGAGGAGCGCUGCGCUCAACCCAGCGUCCAUGCCCUUCUUCCCCGGCGGCCUGCGUGGAAGCGACGAUGAAGGUCCUAAUGGUUUCGCGCUUGGGCACAAGGUCUUUCGCGAGCAGGAUCGCAGUUCCGUCUCCUCUCUCUCUAUCUCUCCCUCGGACUAUCGCUCCGUGAGGUCCUCGCCCAGCCCGCCGCAGGGCAGGGCCCAGGAAACACGACAUCAACCCUCUCCGGGGCCCCGGGACAUCCCACAGCGCCAGUCGCCGGCCAUCCGCCAAACGGAGGCAGGCAAACCGUAUCCGGCCAUUGAAGCUAGAGUCGUCAGAGAAGGGAGUAUGCUAGGUACUUUGGGCACCCUUUCCGAGGGCGAGGACACUGCGUCCCCCGAGGAGGAGGAGAUUGUCGGCAGCGGCCACCAGACACCUGGUUCGUCUUUCCAUUCGUUCCAUCAACCCCAGCAGGGACGCGAGCGCCUGCCUUCAGUGGUCUAUAACAUGAACAACGCUGGAGCGACUGGGUCGGCGGCGGCAUUGACCUCGCCGUCCCCCGUCUCGUCUCAGGAUUCGAUCAGCCAGGCUCCACUCUCCGUGGAUCUCCAAUCAAAAGACUUUGAAGCACGUCUUCAGGCCUCUCCGCUCAUCCACGACAUCCUUGGCCGCCUUGGUCGAUACGAGCAUGCAACACGCGAAAUCCAACGUGAUUUGUCCGAUAUAAACCGCAAAGUAAACGUGUUGGUCGACCGGGCCCUCAGCGUGAACAGCCAACCCGAGUUCAAAGAUCCCUUCGCCACCAACGCGAGCCAAUCGAACCUGAUCAGUCAUCGACCUUCCAUGAACAUCGCUCCCAACCAAGCCGCCAACACCGAUGACAUUUCGUCCAUUUCGCAGAGGCUCAACACGUUGACCUCGUCUGUUGGACAAUUGUUGGCGUUGCAGACGCAGCAGAUGCAUCAGAACGUCCUCGCUGAAGGCCGCAGCAGCUCUGUCAUCAGUUUGAACGCGCAACCGAUUGACCUUGCCCCGAACCAGAUUUUGUCCUCGGCAGGUAUCGGCAGCUCAGCAAUGCUCGGCCAUGGUUUACCCAACCGUCCAGACAUGCGUCCUGCCUCUCGCCAGCCGAAUGCCCCCAUGCGUACUUGGUCUGCAGGAAAUUUGGAGAUGGCUCGCCCGGUUGACAACAUGGCCCGUCAAGACGCCAUGCAACGCGACAAACGUCGUUCUGUUUCUGGGCUGCUUAGACGCGACUCCUCAGGCAUGCUUGACGCGCAGGGCGACAACUGGUCCGGAUCUCCUCGUGAUGGACCGGUCAUAUCUAAGUGGGAUCAGUUAUCUUUGGCCCCAGAACUGUUGAGGUCUCUUACGAAGUUUGGCGUCGGUCCUCCGAACAAGAUCCAGCAACGAGCAUUGCCCUUCCUGCUCCGAGGAGCUGAUAUCAUCGCCCAAGCCCCUCCCACCCAAGAGCGUAUCGCAGCGUAUGUCAUUCCCGCGAUUCAGGUGGCUGUGACGAACAUGGGCACUCGUCCGAACCGCGGCCCACUCGUGAUCAUGGUGUCUACGACCGUCGACCAGGCGACUCAAGCUCAGCGCAUGAUUCGAGAUCUCGGCGGCCCCAUCGGUGUUAGGUCUGCCCUGGGUGUCGGAGCGAGUACCGCCAGCACCGAUCUCGCCCAAGAACUGCGUCUUCUUCAACAGAACAUGCCUCAUAUCAUCUGCGGAACACCCCAGAAACUUCACGCUCUUUUCACCACCCCUGGCGGCUUGAUUGGCUCGGAGGUUCGCUUCCUUGUACUUGAUGAAGUCGACCAGUUGAUCGCUCGAAACCUUCACGAAUUCGUCUUCAGCAUUGUAAAAUUACUGCCUCCUCCGCGUUCUCGCCCCCUCCCCACCGGUACGCCCACUAUCUCGAGCCCGGCUGCGCCUGCUGCCGUCUCGACCACAUUCACCUCGCCGUUCGAGCCUGGUAACCCAGUCAUCACCCCUUUCCAAAGCAAUUCAGGACGCAGGUUCUCGGCCGCAGUACCUUCGCCCGGCCCUGCAGGCGAUUCUACCCCUCCAACUGCUGCUAUUGCGUCUCAGCUUAUCGAACGUCAAACAGCGCUAUUCUCCAACACAGUUCCUCAAGAUGUUCUCAAUCUCGCAUCAGCGAUCCAACUUCGCGAACCCGUUCGUGUUCUUGUCCGACGCGACGGAAACGUCGCGAAUCCUGAAGUCAGUCAAGGUUCUCGUGGUCUGCGCCAGUUCUACCUCUACCUCGCCUUUACCGCGGGUGGAAGGUCCGACCCCUUGGCUUCGUCGGCUGGGGGCGGAUUGGGGAUUAUCGGCUCUGGGAGGAGUGCUUCUAGUGCAGAAACUACGCAAGCACGCGAGUGGAAGCUCGAUGCUUUGGCCGAUAUCUUUGAUGAUGUCGAAGUCAGUCAGGCUGUUGUCCAUGUUGGUGGAAUGACUGCGCUGGAUUCUGUUGUGUACAAGCUUGCGAGCCGCGGACUAGAAGCCCUCCCGCUACAUGGCGACAUGAAUGCCGUGACCCGGGUGGCAGCACUGAACAAGUUCAGGACCACUUCUUCCGUUGCCUUGCGUCAGCCCAAUACCAAGGUUCUGGUUAUUUACGACGUUCAGCUGAAGAAUAAUGAAAUUCCCCACGUCCCUCUCGUCAUCAACUACGAUUUACCAAAAGCUGUUGAAGAAUAUUCUCACCGCGUUUCUCCUGCAAUCGCUUCCAACUACGCACGCGCCGGUGUAGUUGUUAACUUUGUUACUGCCACUGGUGGAGAUGUCGAAAUGUUGCGAUCUAUAGAAUGUUUUUACAAAAUCAAAUGCCCUGAAGUUCCCAUGAGUCUCCGUGACAUUGUUUAA